AUUUUAUUCUUUCUUUCAGAAGUUGGCGGUGUCGCAAGAUGCCGACUUUAGUAAGAGAGUCGAGAUUCCACCCCGAAAACCUCGUCUCUGAGCUUUGUUUCCCUUCUCCCUUCUUCUCUUCUUCUUGUUCUUCUCCCGCCGAUGCCUGUGGGAGAUGAAGAAAUGGACCGGCGGCUCUGUCAUCCUCGCUCUCGCCCUCCUCCUCUUCCUCCGCUACGCCCUCCUUCCCUCCUCUCCUCUGCCGCCACUGCCGCCGCGUCUCCCCACCGCCAGCCCCGCCGGAGCCACCCACCACCUCGUCCUUCCCUCGCCUAAAGCCCACCUCCUCCCUUCCCUCCCGGGCCUCGAUGUCCUCUUCCCUUCCCCCAACUCCACUCACAGUCCCCAACUUGACCCCAGCUCGAAGCUCGCAUGGGCCCACAUGCGCCCCCUCCUCCUCCGCUCCGACGCCCUCCCCGCCACCGCCGACGGCGUCCGGGAGGCUGCUGCCGCCUGGACGGAACUUCUGGCCGCCCUCGGUGCCGAAACCGGAGAAGGCAGCGCCUUUCGUUGCCCCUUUGCGGUUAAUGGCAGCGGUAGCUCUUUGGAGAUCCCGUGUGGGUUCGUGCAGGACUCUGCGGUCACCGUGGUCGGGAUUCCCACCGGUCGGAAUGGCAGCAGCAGGUUCGGGAUCGAGCUCGUUGGGUCUCGCCUUCCGGACAGCGGUGCGGAGCCGCCCAUUGUUCUCCGUUGCAAUGAGCUUGGAGGAGAUGGCCCGCUCGUGGCUCAGAAUUCAUGGACGGUAGAGGGCGGAUGAGAAUGGGAGCAGUGCCCGGCUCAUGGCUCGGCCGCCGCCAAUAGCAGUCUCAAAGUUGAUGAGCUUGUUCGAUGCAAUGAGCAAUUGGGCGAGAGUGUAGUUCCGGAGAAUUUAAAUGGGAGUCGGCCUGAUGGUGAGAAGCCAGCUGAAAAAUUAAAGCAUUCUUCCCACCUGAGUAUUGGUUCCCCAUUUGUUGAAGGGCAUCCCUUUACUGCCACACUGUGGGCUGGACUGGAAGGAUUUCAUUUGACAGUAAAUGGAAGGCACGAAACAUCUUUUGCAUAUAGGGAGAGGCUUGAGCCUUGGUCAGUUAGUGAAGUCCGGGUAUCAGGUGAUUUGCGGCUCUUGUCCUCCCUGGCUAAUGGACUGCCGGUUUCUAUAGAUCUUGAUUUAAUUGGUGAUCUUAAGGUUCUCAAAGCACCGUCGGUUCCCAAAAGAAGGAUUUUGAUGCUAGUUGGCGUCUCUUCAGCUGCAAACAAUUUUGAACGUAGAAUGGCUUUAAGAAGGUCUUGGAUGCAAUAUGAAGCGGUUCGUUCAGGCAAUGUAGCUGUGCGGUUCUUAACUGGUCUUAACAAGCAAGUCAAUUGGAACUGUGCGAGAAGCUCAGACGUAUGGAGUAUCCAGCUGAUGCCUUUUGUUGACUAUUACAGCUUGAUCACUUUGAAGACAAUUGCUGUUUGUAUCCUUGGGACGAAAAUUCUCCCUGCAAAAUAUAUCAUGAAAACAGAUGAUGAUGCUUUUGUCAGGAUUGAUGAAGUGCUUUCUAGUCUCAAUAAAAGUGUUUCCAAUGGGCUCUUGUAUGGCCUUAUCUCAUUUGAAUCGUCCCAUAGAGAUAAGGAUAGCAAAUGGUUUAUCAGUCAAGAGGAAUGGCCACAUGAUAAAUAUCCACCUUGGGCUCAUGGCCCUGGAUACAUCAUAUCCAGAGAUAUUGCAAAAUUUAUUGCCUGGGGUCACCAAGAAAUUGUGUUUUAGCUAUUCAAACUAGAAGAUGUAGCAACUGGAAUUUGGAUUCAAGAAUUCAAAAGGAGCGGUCAAGAGGUAAAGUAUGUUAAUGAUGAUCGGUUUCAUAAUGCUGGCUGUGAGUCCGAUUACGUUCUUGCCCACUAUCAAGGACCAAGGCUGAUGCUGUGUCUUUGGGAGAAGCUACGGCAAGAACAUGAAGCAAUAUGUUGUGAAUAGUUUCUGCAUUUACCCCAGUUUUCUUUGCUUGGUCAAGAAGUGUGGUUUAGGAGGUGCCUAGCAUCAUUCAUGUCAGAGUGGUAUAAGCAAAUGUUUUCCGAAGGGUUGCUACUAAUGGAAGUUAAAUUCACAGCACAUCAUUUAUUGUUGCAAGCGCAAACAUGGAUAUUUUGUGAACUGGUGUGGGCUAUGAAUAGUAGCAGCCUGUUCUCGUAAGCUUUAAUUCCCACUAAGCUGUCGAUUUUAUGUGGUGAUUCGAAGUUCAAACCAUGCUUGUAUCGUUUCUUUUUUAGCAACAUUUGUAUGCAAGAUUUUAUGGUUCUUUGAGUAAUAUGAUCCAGAGUGUACCAUGAGGAGAUCGACUCUUUGAUUUGCA